CAUAUUGGGAAAAACGGAAGUGGGUGCGAUUGGGUUCAUGAAACAGAAAGAGCGCAGACAGUCAGUGGAAACAAGGUACAGUGACACAGGGGCAGAAGUGGAGGGGAGGGAACUUCCGAAUUAUUGCCUACGCUAGAGGGUGUUUUUACGUUUGUUUUCCCUCGUCGAGGACAGCCCACAUCUGAAGAAACAGUGACUUUUCCGCUUUUUAAGUCAUCUCGGAAGCGUCGACAAGCAGAAAAAUUACCCAUUUCUCUACUGCUGGAUUGUCCAACUUGAAGCUGUGAAGAUGCCGUUGGCUCAACUAGCUGACCCUUGGCGAAAGAUGGCACUGGCGAGUGCAACGAGCGAGGAUUCCCAUCAUGUCCUGGAGGAUUCCAUGGGGGAUGAUGACACUUUGUCAUGUAACGAGGAAGUGACCGUGAAGGAGAUCAGCAUCACACACCACGUGAAGGAAGGCUCGGAGAAGGGCGACCCACGGCAGUUUGAGCUGCGCAAAGUCCUGGGGCAGGGAUCUUUUGGAAAGGUUUUCCUGGUAAAGAAGGUAACUGGACCAGAUGCUGGACAGCUCUAUGCCAUGAAGGUGCUGAAGAAAGCCACCCUCAAAGUUCGUGACCGGGUGAGGACGAAGAUGGAGAGAGACAUCUUGGUUGAAGUGAACCAUCCCUUUAUCGUCAAACUGCACUAUGCAUUCCAAACAGAAGGGAAGCUUUAUCUGAUCCUAGACUUCCUGCGAGGAGGGGAUCUUUUUACCCGCCUAUCAAAAGAGGUGAUGUUCACGGAGGAGGACGUGAAGUUCUACCUGGCGGAGCUGGCCUUGGCCCUGGACCACCUGCACGGGCUGGGCAUCAUCUACAGAGACCUCAAGCCCGAGAACAUCCUCCUGGAUGAAGAGGGGCACAUCAAGCUGACUGAUUUCGGCCUCAGUAAGGAGUCCAUUGACCACGAGAACAAGGCCUACUCUUUCUGCGGGACGGUGGAGUAUAUGGCCCCAGAGGUGGUCAACCGGAGAGGACACACGCACAGCGCGGACUGGUGGUCUUACGGCGUUCUCAUGUUUGAAAUGCUAACCGGCACGUUGCCCUUCCAAGGCAAGGAUCGCAAGGAAACCAUGACCAUGAUCCUGAAGGCCAAGCUGGGGAUGCCACAGUUCCUGAGUCCAGAAGCUCAGAGCCUCCUGAGGAACCUGUUCAAAAGGAACCCGUCCAACAGACUCGGGGCCGGCCCAGAUGGAGUGGAGGAGAUCAAGAGGCAUUCGUUCUACUCCAACAUCGACUGGAAUAAAUUAUUCCGACGAGAGAUCCAUCCGCCGUUUAAGCCUGCUGCAGGGCGAGCGGAUGACACAGUCUACUUUGACCCAGAAUUCACAGCGAAAACUCCCAAAGACUCUCCAGGUGUGCCUCCCAGUGCCAACGCCCACCAGCUCUUCAGAGGCUUCAGCUUCGUGGCCAUCACCUCUGAGGAUGAGGGCCAGACACUGCCCAGCAACACCAUAGUACAGAUGCCUCAGCUGCACAGAAACACGUCCCAGUUUGCGGAGGCGUACGACAUGAAGGAGGACAUCGGCGUGGGCUCCUACUCCAUCUGCAAGCGCUGCAUCCAGAAGAGCUCGGGCACCGAGUACGCCGUCAAGAUCAUUAAUAAGGCCAAGAGGGACCCUGCAGAGGAGGUGGAGAUUCUGCUGCGCUACGGCCAGCACCCCAACAUCAUCACUCUCAAAGAUGUGUACGAUGACGGGCGCUCAGUGUACUUGGUGACGGAGCUGCUGAAAGGUGGAGAGCUGCUGGACAAGAUCCUGCGCCAGAAGUUCUUCUCCGAGAGAGAGGCCAGCGCUGUCCUGCACACCAUCACCAAGACCAUGGAGUACCUGCACAGUCAAGGGGUGGUGCACAGGGAUCUGAAGCCCAGCAACAUUCUGUACGUGGACGAACUGGGCAACCCGGAGUCCAUCCGGAUCUGUGACUUCGGAUUCGCUAAGCAGCUCCGCGCCGAGAACGGGCUCCUGAUGACCCCGUGCUACACCGCUAACUUCGUCGCCCCAGAGGUGCUGAAGAAGCAGGGCUAUGAUGCCGCCUGCGACAUAUGGAGUCUGGGAGUCCUGCUCUACACCAUGCUGACAGGCUUCACUCCAUUUGCUAAUGGUCCUGAGGACACUCCGGAAGAGAUCCUGGCUCGGAUCGGGAGCGGCAAGUUUUCCCUGACGGGCGGUUACUGGAACUCGGUCUCAGCCGAGGCAAAGGACCUGGUGUCUAAGAUGCUGCAUGUGGACCCUCACCAGAGACUGACUGCAGCUCAGGUGCUACGACACCCCUGGAUCGUCCACAAGGACCAGCUGCCCAAGUACCAGCUCAACAGACAAGACGCUCCUCACUUAGUCAAGGGCGCCAUGGCAGCAACCUACUCUGCCCUCAACAGGAACAUAACUCCAGUUCUGGAACCCGUGGGUUGUUCCACUCUUGCUCAGCGUAGGGGGGUCAAGAAACUCACCUCCACAGCCCUCUGAGCUGCCCGCCCCUACCUUCCCGUUGGACUCUCCCUAACUCACCUCUCUCCGGGUGUAAGCUGGGCACAGCCACUGAACCGGACCUGAAGGCCACCGGAUGCUACUGCACACGUCCUGCACUCGUCCUGCCCCCUGAUGCCAAAUAGAGCCAGAACUGAACCAGAACUGAAGCCCAUUGGUCUCCACCGGACUCCCUCUUGCCUGCCUGUAACCUGAGAGACCCAAUCAGCCCUCGCUUGUAGAACCACUACUGCCUGCCUCCAGCCGUCAGGCAGACAGCAUCAGGACGUGUCUUAGCGGCGGAGAGAGCAGCUAGGUAUAUAUGCACAUCAUGCACGUAAAGACAUGCAGAAACCCUGCACCACAUACACCUGGAGGGUAGCGUAUAAUGCAAAUAUAUGAUUGUAUUGAUGGUGACUUGUCAAAAAGGAGACCUCACCAUGCAAAGCACAUCUGCCCCUCCGUGGAGCAGGAUUAUUUAGGCCCCUCCGUGGAGCAGGAUUAUUUAGGCUGAGCUGAGCAAGCGUUGAGGCCCCUGCUGGACGCGUUGCUUUAGGGGGUUGAUUGUACUCGUCCUCCUCCGAUGUCUCUGCUCUGCUCCUCCCGCUCCGUAGUGUCGUCUCUAGUUGACCUGGCCUCCGUGGGGCUCUGUUACCGAUCACAGGAACACAAACCUGAGCACUUACAGUGGCCGGCGAGAUAUGUUAAGAGUUCAGGCUUUUGAAGACUCCCUAAAUGUUAGACCCUUUCCCUGUAAACUGCUACGAGGGGGCUGCCCCUGUCAAAGCAGCACAUUGCCGUCAGUUCUGCCGGUCCCUGUAGAAAGAGGCUGACAACUGGAAGACUGAGAGAAAGACCAGAAACCAAUGACCCCCCCCAACCCCCCCCCCCCCCGGCGCGGAUCAGCUGUGCAGCACUGAAGUGGACGUGCGGAGGAGCUGUGCCACAUUCUAAUCCUGUGAUGCAGAACUGGAUCUAGUCACACACCAAGAGAACUCAGGUCUAUGUGAUGAAAUGCAAUGCAUUGUGUAACAGUGAAGUGACUCAAGCACACAGCAGUAUUGUCCAACCCCUCUGCUGCUCUCAGUGGAUGUCAACAGUAGGGAUGGAAUCACUCAGUGAAAGCAGAAUUACUUUUCAAGACAUAAAUGUAUUUUUAUAUAUGUGCAUGGAGUAGGUUGUAUAAUCAUUAUUAGUGGCAAAGGCGACGUGUGUGUAUGCUGUAUGUAUGUAUGUAUGUAUGUAUGUAUGUGUAUAUAUGCAGAACUGAGGGUUUUCUAUGAUUUCUACUGUGUUCCAACAGGUGUGUGAGUGACACACCUGUGUUAGGUGAGACAGGAGGGGUUGUGUCCUUUUUCCUUCGUGUCUCCCUACCUUGUCCUGAGGACUGCUGGAAAACUAUUAUUGCUUCUUGUCUAGGAAAGCUGCUACAGUUUGUCCCUCUUUUUUUGUAAAUGUAGUAAAAAAAAUAAAACUAAAGAUUUCUAUCUAAUAAAAAAGCUCUUAUGUAUGAA